ACCUGAUUCAGCCGCAGUUACGUCUGAAGCCCCACUCAUCGGCUUUCAGCAACCCCUAAGCUCCGCCUACCAGCGUCUUCCAGACUAUUCCUUAACAUCUUAAUCAUCAGCCUCGCCAUCCCGACGGGGCUUACGAGUCUCCCACCUGCCUAUUGCUUUUCCUUGUGACCUUCUUUACUUCCUUUGCAUUGAGCAAUACUAUAAAAAUCUGUCGACGCAUACCUACCACAGCAACUAUGGCGUCCUCAUCAACAGCCGAAGCUCCAGACACGAGCUACGUCGAAAUGGACAAGGGCGCCGACGCGACACUCAUCGGCAAGCAUUGCCAACUCGAAUACUGCAACCAACUCGAUUUCCUCCCCUUCUUCUGCCAGAGCUGCAAGAAGACCUUCUGCCUCGACCACCGCAGCGAGACCUCCCACAAAUGCGCCAACGCCGGCGCCUGGGCCGAGCGCCGCCGAAAAGCCCAGCAAGCGACACACUCCGCCGGCGAGGGGAAGCGCAUGCGCGACUUCAUCUCGGAGAAGCCCUGCGCUGCCGCCGACUGCAAGACCGUCGUCGGCACGUCGCUGGUCCCCGGCGUCCACUGCCCCAGCUGCAACCGCGACUACUGCCUCAAGCACCGACUAAAAGAGGAGCACGAUUGCAAGAACAAGGUGCCGAUCGGGGCGCGCGUGGCGCAGUUCGACGUCGCCGAGCAAACGAAGUCCGCAUUCGCAAAGCUGAAGGCGUGGGGCGCCGCUAAGAAAGAGUCAGCCGGGCGGGCGCUGCCCAAGCCGAAACCCACGUCCGCGUCCGCGCGCCUCGUCGCCGUCAACAACCUGAAGAAGACUGCCAAGGGGGACGCGAAGCUACCGCCAGAGAAGCGAGUAUACCUAUACGUGGAAGCGGAAACCGAAACCACGACAGCCAAGAACUACAAGGGCGAGUUUUUCUACUCGAAGGACUGGGUUAUUGGUCGGGUGCUGGACGCGGCCGCGAAGAGCUUGCAGGUCGAGAACAUCAAUAAUCAGUCUUCGCAAGAGAGGGACAAGCUCCGUGUAUUCCACGUGGAAGGCGGAAGGGUCUUGGAAUUCAACGAAAAGGUCGGCACGGCGCUGGUGAGCGGCAAUACUAUAGUACUGCUGCGAGGCAUUGGGCCACCACCCGAUUUGAUCGAACUGUAAGAAUGGGGACGUUACGAGCUACGAAGGGACUGCAUAUUGAAAGGCGUUAUAUAGAUGGCAUUUGCAUUGCGAAGCGGAGAUAAUAUCUCUGUAGAGAUCCAACAGAUGGAUCGGGAGUUGAUGCGUGGUCAGUUAUUUCGAUAUAGAAAUGAACUGCGUGCGUAUGUACAAUUUAUA